AGUGUUGAAGUUAGUGUAAUUUGAAGACCUAAACUAAAAAGAUAAGACCCUUGAAGGAAGCCAAAUUAUAGUAGCUAGCUAGCAUGAAGAGAUCACUUGGAUUUCCAAUUUGUGCAGAUAAAAAUAAGGCUUAUAUUGCAAUUAUCCUUAUACAAUUUAUCAAUGCAGGCACGGCCUUGCUCUCCAAGGCUGCAAUUGUUGGAGGAAUGAAUUCUUAUGUGUUUGCUUUUUAUCCAAAUGCUAUUGCCACACUUGUGUUAGCUCCAUUCGCAUUUUUCCUCGAAAGUAACAAGUCAGCCCCUCUAUCAUACAACAUACUCUGCAAGAUUUUCUUUGCUGCUUUAGUUGGGUUCACUGUCUGUCCUAAUCUCUUCAAUUUGGCUUUAAAGUACACCACUGCAACAUAUGCUUCUGCCAGCAUGAACACAAUUCCGGCCAUUACAUUUAUCAUGGCAGUUUUCUUAAGGAUGGAAAGUGUAUCUCUGAGGCAAUGGCAUGGAAGAGCCAAAGUGUUGGGUUCUAUGAUGCUUCUUUCUGGGGCUAUAGUGUUAAUACUUUUUAAGGGGUCUCCUAUUUAUUCAGGCACCAAGAAAGGAGCUUCAAACGCAUCAAUAAACCAUAUUUCCAGAGGAAACUGGAUAAAAGGUGCUCUAAUCAUGCUCUCAUCCAACUUAACAUGGUCCAUGUGGCUUAUUUUGCAGGCCCCCAUUGUGAAGCAAUAUCCAUCCACACUACGUCUUGCAAUUCUACAGUACUUCUUUAGCAGUAUACAAUCAGCAAUAUGGGCGGUCGCGAUGAACAGGAAGAUAUCAUCAUGGAAGCUUGGUUGGGAUGUGAAUCUCAUCUCCGUGCUGUUUUGUGGCAUAAUUGUCACUGGAAUUGGAGUUUGGUUGCGAGUUUGGAUCGUAGGCAAGGAGGGCCCUGUUUUCAUUGCUAUGUUCACUCCAUUAUCAUUUAUCAUAACAGCCAUCUUUUCAGCAUUAUUGUGGAAUGAGGUCCUUCAUUGGGGAAGGUUCAAAUGCUCUCUCUUAUGUGUUGGUGGGAUUAUAUUACUAAUUGGAGGCCUCUACAGCAUUUUGUGGGGAAAGAACAAAGAAGGGAACAAUAAAACAAAUGAACAAAGAUCAAUUAUCAAAGAAGAAACCACAUUGGAGAGCAUUACUCAUCAAUGAUUAGUUGUGCACUGGCUGCAAAUGGGUAUAAUGAUAACAUGAAUGCAAUACUAAUGUAUUCAAAAAGACAAAAGACAUCUCCUAAUAGUGUGGCUUGUAGUUAAGAAACAUUUAGCUUGUAACAGCUUGAUAGUUGCUUUUCUUUUUUUUCUUCCCAUUUUUGAUUUCAUACAAAAACAAAUGCAAUGUUUAUGUAUAUAAAAAGCAGCCUAGUGCGGACUUGUGUGUA